AUGCCUCUUGCCGCAUACACCUGUCUCCUCUGGCUGUUAACCAACGGCCUCUGGACCACUCAGGCUGAAGACCCCUCAGAUGACGGCAUCUAUACCAGGAGCCCGCACCGGGGCCUGGCUCCAGCCAAUGUAGACUUCGCCUUCAGCCUCUUUCGGCAGCUCGUGGCCUCAGCUCCAGACAAGAACAUGUUCAUCUCCCCCGUGAGCAUCUCCAUGGCCUUGGCCAUGCUGUCCUUGGGUGCCUCUGGCCACACCCGGACCCAGCUUCUCCAGGGCCUGGGCUUUAACCUCACGGAGAUCCCUGAGGCUGAAAUCCUCCAGGGCUUCCAGCACCUGCACCGUCUCCUUGGGGAGUUGGGUACCAGCUUGGACAUGACCCUGGGCAAUGCCUUGUUCUUUGACCACCGCCUGGAGCUGCUGGAGUCAUUCUCAGUGGAUAUCAAGCGUUACUAUGAGUCCAAGUCCUUGGCCACAGAUUUCCAGGACUGGGACGGAGCCAGCAGGCAGAUCAACAAGUACAUAGAGAAUAAGACACAGGGGAAGAUUGUGCACGUAUUCUCGGGCGUGGAGAGCCCUGCCACCCUCAUUCUGGUCAACUACAUCUUCUUCAAAGGCACAUGGGCACACUCUUUUGACCCAGAAGGCACCAGGGAAAAGAACUUUUAUGUGAACGAGACGACCACAGUAUUGGUGCCCAUGAUGUUCCAGUCCAGCGUCAUCAAAUACCUGCACGACUCAGUGCUGCCCUGCCGGCUGGUCCAGCUGGACUACAUGGGCAACGGCACUGCAUUCUUCAUCCUUCCUGAUGAAGGCAAGAUGGACACGGUGAUCGCUGCCCUGAGCCGGGACACCAUUCAGCGGUGGUCCAACUUCUUGACCAGCAGCUGGGUGCACCUGUACAUCCCGAAGGUCUCCAUCACCGGGGACCAUAAGUUCAGAGGUGUGCUGGCGGCCAUGGGCAUCUCAGACCUGUUCACCAACCAGGCGAAUUUCUCCAACCUUGCCCAGGAGGCCCAGCUGAAGGUAUCAGAGGUGGUCCAUAAAGCUGUUCUACAACUGGACGAGAAGGGAGCGGAGGCUGCUGUCAGCCCUGGAAGGACUCUGCAGCUGGUGUCUGAACCCCUCACCAUCAGUUUCAACCGGCCCUUCCUCAUCAUGAUCUUCGACCACUUCACCUGGAGUAGCCUGUUCCUGGGCAAGAUUGUGAGCCCAGCCUAAGGAUGGGCCCAGCCUGGGGCCACUGCUCCGUCUGACUUUGGACACCUGCAGGAGUAGGUUUCUGCCGAUUUCUCUCAGUUCUCCUCCCACAAGCCAGAGUUGCCCACCUCUGUGCAUCUUG